CCUUGACCACUUCAACAUAACCAUUUGCACCAUUGAACGACCCCGCACAAUGGCAAAGGAUAUGCAAUCAAAGAAGCGCAAGGCUUCAGUUCCUGAGGUCGAGGCUGAGAAAGUGAAGAAGGUUAAGAAUGCAGUCGCAACUCCCAGUGAGGCGCCAGCGAAGAAGCGCAAAGCCACCGAGGAUGCUGCGCCUGAAAAAGUGAAGAAGACCAAGACCCCUAAAGACAACUCCGAGGUUAAAGCUCCAACUACCACCACGGUCGCAAAGAAGGCCGUUACUGCUAAGUCUACAAAAGCCACGGCAGUGUCCUCGAAGAAGACUGCAAGCAAAGUGAAGGUCGACAAGCCUGUGGAGCCUGAGAUCGUCGCUGAUGAGGAGUUGGACUCUGGUCUUGAGGAUGAGGACAAAGAUAUGGAUGGAGACUCGGACUCGGAGCCCGAUGAUCAGACCAAGGCCAUGCUCAAAGGUUUCGAGAGCGAUGGAGAUGACGAGGAGGUCAACGACGGACUCCCCGAGGGCACAGAAGUUCCCAUUCGCAAGCAGCUCAGCAAGAAAGAGGAGAAGAGGUUAGCGAAGAUUAGAGAGUCCGAUGCAUCCGACAAGCCUGGCGUGAUCUACCUUGGUCGCAUUCCCCAUGGAUUCUACGAGAACGAAAUGAGAGCAUAUUUUGGUCAAUUUGGCAAGAUUCUUCAGCUCCGUAUGUCCCGCAACAAGAAGACCGGUGCUGGAAAGCACUACGGCUGGAUCAAGUUCGAGUCUGCUGUUGUCGCAGAUAUCGUAGCUCGUACUAUGGACAAUUACUUGAUGUUUGGUCACAUUCUCAAGGUCAAGCUCAUCCCAGAUGAGCAAGUCAAUGAAGAUUGGUUCAAGGGAGCCAAUAAGCGAUUCAAGAAGGUUCCAUGGAACAAGAUGCAAGGCCGAAACCUUGAGCAGGGAAAGUCGGAGGAGACCUGGAACUUGAAAGUUGAGAAGGAGACGGAGAAGCGGGAAAAGAGAUCUCAGAAGCUGAAGGAGAUCGGUUACGAGUUCCAGGCCCCAACGCUUAAAACUGCUACUGGUGUCGCAAAGCCCAAGGCACCUGAAGAUCUGACGAACGGAGAGAGCGAGACUAAGGCCAUUGAGGCUGCACCUGUUAUUGAAGAGACGACCAAGUCAUCAAAGAAGGGCAAGAAGGCUAAGGCGAUCCAAGCUGGCAAUGCUGCACCCAUCCCCUCAACCACCAGUAAAGAAGAGAGUCGAGCAGUUACCGUCCCACCAAAGAAGGAAGACGUUGCCGAGUCAAUCGAUGCCUUAAUUUCUGAGGCAACUGAGAAGCCCAAGAAAGGAAAGAAGGUCAAGGUGGUCAAGGCCACUGAGGCUGUUGUUGAGGAGCCUGCCGUUCUCGCCGUCGAAGAGCCCACGGAGCCCAAAUCCAAAAAGGUCAAGAAGACAAAGACAAUUGAGACUGCUGAGAUCACCGAAGUAUCUGUCCCUGAGUCUGUUGCCAACAUUCCCGAGAAGAAGCUCAAGACCAAGAAGUCAAAGACUUCUCUGGUUGAGACAACUGUCACUCCGGUCGCCGCCCCAGAAGAGACCGCCAAGAAGACGAAGAAGGCCAAGAAGGCGAAAGCGUCUGCUUGAUUGUGCUUCUUUUGUCACCUCUACAAUUGCGUAUUGCAGCGUAGACUUUGCUUUCGAGUUUCGGGUGGCGUAACAGGAGUAUCUUGCUGUUAACAACUCGGUGGAACUAUCAUGAAUGGUAUGUGCACAAGAAUCACACUGUCUAAAUAUAAACAGAACCCUAGAAACCCCAUGAAAGUGAAAUAUGACACUUCAGUAGUGAAUCUUGAGUGAGACAGAAGAAAGUUGUGAUGAGCCACGAGCAUUUCUGUUGGACACUUUCUCCGAGUAUUUACUUUCCACCAUUGGUCUAGACUAGAAGACGGUCACAGAAAAAGAUCCAUAUUCUACGUGUGUAUGUAGAGUUAGGAUUAUGAUUCGACGGUGAGAUUUUACAGCAGCCUCAGCCGCCUAACUAUUGGGUCUUAAACAUUUUGUGGCAUUUUCAUCCUCAUCCUCAUCGAUGGGGUAUUUCACAUCACGCAUCUGAGGAUCCUCCGAAUGUUGCCCCUUUGAUAUUCUUGCCCACAAUCAAUCAUAUAUAUACUGCAUGUAAUCAGGGCAAAUACUUACUUAGCCGACCAACGUACCUCCUACCAACAUGAAAGUACUGCCGCUAUCCACAAAACCAGAUAUUGAAUUCUUACUACCUAUCAUGUGGGCAGACAUGUUUUCACAAUCGCGGACCUGAAAGAAGCUGGCUUUAAAAAGCUGUUAAAGACAUACAGCGGCAAGCGACCAAAGCUCUCCCCACCUUGAUUGUCAAACAAGAGACUGAAUACUCCUCCAGAA